ACCUCCGGCGGCGCUCGAGACGUCGUCGGUACCUCCGGCCUCGUUCGAGCGCCGGCGGUACAUCCGGCCGCGUUCGCGGUCACCACCUCCGGUCUCGCUCGUCGUCGUCGUUACCACCGGCCGAGUUCACGGACGGAUCUUACGGUCAGGCUCGCGGUCGUUCCUUCCGGAUGCAAAAAUGUACAUAUACCUAUAUGUACAUACGCGUACAAAUAAAUAUAAAUAUAUAUAUAUACAUAUAUAUAAAAUUGCGCUAUUACGUUUAAUUCUCAUCUCGCUUUUUUUCGUCAUCUCCGACGACGCUAUCCGGCUCGCCGUCGUCGUUGCCUAUCUACGAUCCCACUAGCGCGCCGUAAUUACCUCCGAUCUCAAACGCGGUCGUUACCUUCAGUUUCAAUCGCGGUCGUCUCCUCCGAUCUCAAACGCGGUCGUUACCACCGGCGGCGAAAAUUUACAUGUGAAAAUUUAUCCGUGGGUAGAUAUUCACACAUAUCAAGAGGCACGGUAGUGCCUCGCGACAAGUGUACGCGCAGCGUGGCCCCAUCGUGCUUCUUUUACGCGAGACGUCGUUUGCGAGAAGACCGUAAUUAUCGGAUCUCAAUAACGACUGAAUUGAUUGAUUUCUAAAUAAGCUUAAUGGAUAGCUUACAUCCGAUUUAUAUGAUAAAAGGGUUUUUAUUUUUCCGCUACAUGACUUACGAGCGGAGAUAUCGCGAUUAGAAUUUUUCGCUCAAGAGUAAAUUUGGUUUAAGAAACGUCGUAGUGGUCACCAUUAUUUUUAUUAUCGUCGUCGUCGUCGCCCGGCGCCUAGGACGAAUGGUGGGGAUUUGUAAUCUUGCAUCCUCGUUUAAACGUUUGACAAACAAGGAUGAACGAUGCACCAUGCGCAUGAAACGGAACGCACCCUAUGUAUCGUGAUUGGUGAUCGAGUUCAUCGAGUCCGCGCCGCCGCGUGUCGAUCGAGUGACAGUUCGAGGUUAGAGACGUGUUGACGUGUGCGAGGUUAGUUGUGAUUUUAGUUUUAUAUGCAUAAUUUGCAUAUUACAUCGUGGAUUUCAUCGUGGAGGGAAAUACGGCUGAGCCUAAUUUGAAGAGAUUAGUAUAACACUGCGUUGUAUAAUCAGAUAAGUUGCACAAAAUUUUUAUUUUUUGUAUGGAAUAAAUAUUCUGAGAUAAGAGUAAUACUUUGUGUUAUGUUUUAUUUUUAGUUAUUAAAGAGAGGAAGAAACACUUGAUUUGAACCGGAAGACGAAUAGAAAAAGAAAAGAGUGGACGAGUAAAAUAUCAAAGCUCGGAAUUUACAGUGUGUUGCUGUUGAUAAGAAUUCACGGAGGUUCAUCCCCUUUUAAAUUGAGUGAUGAACUAUCAUAUGGAGAAUUGGCAGGGUAAUUCAUAAAAUCAAAAUAAUAUCAAAAGGAUUAUUUGAAGAUGUACUUGCUAGUUUUUCAAGUAUGCCAUUAUCUUAUGGCAGGCCAGGUAGGGGAAUAGUUACAGAUGUUAUAUUUUUGUUUUAAAAAACAUUGUAUUGCAACUGUGUGGUUCUUAAAUAUAUCGUACAACCAUCUUUUUUUAGAUUUUGAAAUAGGUGAAUAUGUGAAAUCUUGUCUCAAAUUAUUACAACAUAUUAUACAGGCUAGUGUCACCUAGCUAGCUUACCGAUGACGUGGCCACAAGCUGUAAUAUUGGAGAUGGAUGCCAAAGAUUACCUCUACGUCCGUCUAUUUAGUAAUUGUCAUGUAUUCUAUGCGAGCUGGAUAAGGCACAGAAAUAUACAGAUAAGGUUUUUAUCAACCAAAUCGAAAAUUAAAAAGUACUUAAAUACUUUGUUCCCGAAACAAUUUAUUCUAAUUAAUACAAUUCUUUUCAUACAUUUACAAAGAUCACAUAAAAAAUUUUUAUUUAUUUUUAUUCUUUAACUUGUUUUUUUGUGAAUCAAGGCAUACAUGAGAUAAAAGAUUUCAAAAUAACUAUAAGUUGACUUUUCAAAUAUGGAGCGACAUGUCAUCCUCCUAGUAUUAUAUUUUACUUUUCAUUUUCUUUGCAUCAAUUUAAUGUAGCAUUAUAUUUAUAGCUAUUUUACAAUUAAGAUUGUAGUUAAAUUGUAAUGGUACAUUUAUAAUUGAUUUUUCUUUUACAGUUAUUGAUAAUAAACAUAUUUUGUCUAUAUUUUAAUUAAUGCUCUUGGAACAUAUAAUCAUGUGCCGGCUUGUAAUGAGAAAUAAACGUGUGGCUCUUACGGAAAUUUCUCAAGUUUGUUAAUUUUGUAUGUGUAACCUAUGUUACUUAAAGAUCAUCAUAGACCACAUUCACAAUAAGAGCCACGCUUUUGUUUCCCUUAUUACAAGCUGACAAAUGAAUGUAUGUUUCAAGAGCUUUAAGUGAAACACGGACAAAAUAGAUUUAUUAUCGAUAACUGUAGAAGAACAAUAAACACAAUUAUAAACGUAUAAUUAUAAUUUAGCUACAAAUAACAAAUCUUUUUAUGUGAUCUUUAUGAACGUAUGGAGAGAAUUUUAUUAAUUAUAAUUAAUUGUUUCGGAAACAACAAAGUAUUUAAAUACUUACCUCUUAGUUUUUCGAUUUGACUAAAAGCCUUAUCGGUAUAUUCCUGUGCCUUAUCUGGCUUGCAUAGAGUGCAUGAAUUACUAAAUAGACUAAUGAGGCUGGUAUUCAUAGUCAAAUCUUAUUUAAAGAUUGUCUCAAGCAAUGUCUUAAGAUGCUAUUACGACUGUGUGAUUGGCUGAUGGUAUCUUAAGAUAGUACUUAAGAUGAUUUUAAAUAUAAGAUCCGACUAUGAAUACCGGCCAAAGACGUACAAAUGAUGCUUGGACAUCCAUAUAAACAUAACACCGACAUUGCAGCCUGUGACCAUGUCAUCGGUAGGCCAACUGGGUGACAUAGUCUGUAUUGCUUCAGACAAGAUUUCAUGCUUCUUACCUAUUUCAAUACAUUGCAAAAGAAUAAACCAUUCACUUUAGUCUUUUUUUUUUAAACUAGGUUAUAUUUGGUACCUUCGAGUAAAUAUAAUCUGUUGGCUACACAGUUAUUUCCGACCUGUGAUUCUAAUUACAUUAUAUAAUAUUCAGAGAAAGAAUUACUUACACAAAGAGAGAGAGAGAGAGAGAGAGAGAGAGAGAGAGAGAGAGAGAAAAUACACACAAAUGCAUAUAUAUGUACAUACAUGACAUAUGUACCUAUGUUAUGUAGAGAUAUUACUACACAAUGUUAUUUCCCUUUCUCCCUCUUUCCCUCUCACUCUCUUCCUCUCUCUCUCUCUCUCUCUCUCUCUCUCUUUUUCUUUCUCUCCUCCUCCUCCUUCUCUCUUCCUCUUUCCAUACUCGUUCCUUCACUCAUUUUUCUUUUUCUAUUCUUCUAAUUUCGGUUCAAAUAGAGUAUUUUUUCUUCUCUCUCUUUUAAUAUAAUAACUAAAAAUAAAUCACAACACAAAGUAUCCACUUAUCUCUAAAUACUUAUUUCCAAUAAAAACUGAAAAUUUUGUGUAAUAUACUUAUCUGAUAAGCGUAUACUUACAUAUACAAAAUAUAUAUGCAAAAAGACAUUGACCUAUUUUGUUUAAGUAUCAUUUCGAUUACUCCCGACGCCUCCGGCGACAUUCAACCCGUCGGCGUUCCCGCCGGUCUCACUCGCGUCCGUCGUCGAUAUCCCUCCGGCCACACUCGAGCGCCGUCGUUAUCUCCGGUCUCGCGCACAAGACCAAUGCGACAUAGACAAGGAAGCAGAUGUUGAUUACUCAUACAUGACAACUCCGGUUGCGAGUUUGUCAGCAACCCGCAAGAGAAAAAAUGAUUUUGAAAUUGUGAUGCUUGCCAGAAAGGCCUUUGAUGGCAUGGAACCGAAGGGCCGUAGUCUAGAAGAAUAUUCACAAAUAAUUAUCCGGAUGCUCGCGUCAAUUCAAGUACAAUUACAUGAGCUGCUUCAGAAAAUGGAACGCGGAAGACCUGUGCUUUCAAAAAAUAUCGACCGUGUAACAUCUAUUUUACCAUUUAAAUCAAUUGCUGAAAUUGAAGCCUUCGAUAAAACACUCCAUGAAAAUUCGGAAGUGAAAAAACAAUUUAAUACGUUUGUACGGAAAAUUGGAGGUCGCACAGCGCGUGAGGAUAUCCAAAGAAUUUGCACAAAGGUCUUCACAAAUUCCUGCGCAGAGUUGUGUUCAUGGAAAGGACGGAAGGAAAACUUUUGCAUUGACGGACUAUAUAUCAUCAAAAUAAUGCAAGAUGCUAUUUUAAAUACAUACCCUACCAUUAAAGAAAUUGAAUUUGAAGAGAUCGUCGCAGAAUGGUUCCGGUUCGCCAAACAACGACGACUUCGAACAGAAGAAAAAGAAAAGAAAAAAGCUGAAAGAAGAAAGUAAGACAACGGUGGCAAGACGGGUUCUUUUAAUCUAGUCAAUAAGUGACAUUUGCAGAAAAUGCAAGAAAUUAUUAAUACGCAUGUUUUAAAUUUUUACGUUUUGUUACUGAUUUUAUUAGUCAUACACAUAAUCGCUUUAUUAAUAUUCUAGUCAAUAAUAGAAGGAAUUUGCAGAAAAUGCAAAAAAUGUUUUCAAUGUUAUAAAUUUUUACGUUUUGUUAUAACAUUGUUUAUGCCUGAUUUCACCAACGUAGAUUAACUUUAAUUUUGGUUUAACUUGCUCUUCAUUUUUUCUAAUUGUAAGAAUUAGAAGAAGAUGAAGAGCAAGUUAAUCGAAUGUCACUAGAAAUUAUCUUCUUAAGUCGUAUUGGUAAAAACGGGCAUUAAGAAAAUAUUCCUAUCAAAAUUUCUCUCUAUAUAGUGACAUUUGAUUAACUUGCUCUUUAUUUUUUCUAAUUUUUACAAUUAGAAAAACACGAAGAGUAAGUUGAACCGAGAUUAAAAUUAAUCUACGUUGGUAAAAUUGGGUAUAAACCGAGAUUUAAAUAAUUAAUCUAAUGUUGGGCUAUAAUUAUAGAAUAUAAAAAGCGGGCUAUAAUUACUUUUGUUUGGCGUAUGAAAUUUUACUAUAAUAAUUUUACUAUAAUAAACAAAAAUUGUGAACCAUUUUAUAAUAAUAAACGAAAAUUGUGAACUAUAAUAAUAAUAAACAGGAAUUGUGAACAAGUA